ACCACGCUUCUCGUAAUAUGAUAUAUAGUUUUACGCAAGAAUAGCGUCAGCCAUACUUUUGGUCAGCGGAUUAAAAUUCCUAUUUGAAACAGCCGUGUAAGGCGGUACUCCAGUGUUUAURUUGAAUAAAGGUCCAGAGUCCAAACGUCGUUACAGGUCAUCAAACCUGCACGCUAAAAUCCUCGUUUUUCUGUUUCUUCGCCGGUCGAUUACAUAAAUAAGGACCUUAAAGCUUUGUAAUCAGCCUAUCCCAAAACAGUUAAAGAUGUUCAGAAUCAGUACUGCUCAGGCCAAGUGCAUUGUACAGCAGCAGUUUGCCCGCUCAGCCGGGAUCCAAUCUGCAUGCCGAUACAUCCAUGCGAGUGCAGCUCUGCAGCAGGAAUCAGGUCGACGUGAGCCAAUAAGACAAGAAAUCAAGAAGAUAAUGGUGGCUAAUCGUGGCGAGAUAGCCAUACGAGUAUUCCGAGCAGCAACUGAAGCUGGUAUAAGGACAGUUGCUAUAUACUCUGAGCAGGAUGCCAAUCACAUGCAUCGGCAGAAGGCAGAUGAGGCCUACUUGAUUGGCAAAGGCAUGCCUCCUGUUGCAGCUUAUCUAAGCAUCCCUGAAAUUAUCAGGAUCGCAAAGGAAAGAGAAUGUGAUGCGAUACAUCCAGGGUAUGGUUUUCUCUCAGAGAGGGCAGACUUUGCCCAAGCAUGUACAAAAAAUGGCAUCAUUUUCAUAGGCCCCUCCCCAAAAGUCGUACAAAUGAUGGGUGACAAAGUAGAAGCCAGAAGAGUAGCUGUAAAAGCUGGGGUUCCUGUAGUCCCUGGUACUGAAGCACCCAUCAAAACAGCUGAAGAAGCCAGGGCAUUUUGCGAGUCAUAUGGCCUGCCUGUCAUCACCAAGGCAGCUUUUGGAGGCGGUGGGCGUGGCAUGAGAGUGAUAUGGAAAUUAGAAGAUGUCGAAGAGUUAUUUAACCUAGCUAGCAACGAGGCGUAUACUGCAUUUGGAGAUGGUUCCAUGUUUAUAGAGAAGUUUAUUGAGAAACCAAGACACAUUGAAGUACAAGUUUUAGGUGACACACAUGGAAAUAUAGUUCAUCUUUAUGAGCGUGACUGCUCGGUUCAGCGUCGCCAUCAGAAGAUAGUAGAAAUUGCUCCAGCACCACACAUCAGCCCAGAAACACGAAAAAUCCUCACAGAUGAUGCUUUAAAGCUGUGCAAAGCUGUUGGCUAUGAGAAUGCUGGAACUGUAGAGUUUCUGCUUGAUCAAGAAGGCAACCAUUACUUCAUUGAAGUGAAUGCUCGGCUUCAGGUAGAACAUACAGUCACAGAAGAAAUUACUGGUGUUGAUCUAGUGAGAGCACAGAUAGGAGUUUCUGAGGGGAAGACAUUAGAAGAGUUAGGUCUUGUACAAGAGGACAUCAAACUGACUGGUGCAUCUAUACAAGCAAGAGUAACAACAGAGGAUCCAGCUAACAAUUUUACUCCUGACUCAGGAAGAAUAGAGGUUUUCAGGAGUGGCGAAGGCAUGGGAAUCCGUUUAGAUGGGGCUUCUGCAUUUGCUGGUGCCAUCAUCUCACCCCACUAUGACUCGUUAUUGACCAAAGUCAUUAGCCAUGGAGCUACUCACAGAGAAGCAGCCACCAAACUCUCACGAUCUCUGACUGAAUUUAGGAUUCGUGGAGUCAAGACCAACAUAGCCUUCCUGCUAAAUGUCCUUAAGCAUGAAAGCUUCCUUGAUGGCGCUGUUACAACGGAUUUUAUCCUUAACAAUCCAGAGCUUUUUAAAGUGAAAAAAAGCCAGAACCGUGCCCAAAAGUUACUUCAGUAUCUUGGUAACGUGAUGGUGAAUGGGCCAGUAACUCCACUCGCUACUGGACUUAAACCAAGCAAAGAUGAACCUAAAGUUCCAUCGGUUCCCCACUCAACCUACCUGCGUCCCAAAGGUUUCCGCGAUCUUUACCUCCAAGAAGGGGCAGACGGGUUUGCUCGAGCCGUACGAAGAAGCGACAAGCUAUUGUUAACAGAUACCACGUUGAGAGAUGCCCAUCAGUCUCUUCUAGCCACCCGUGUCAGGACGUACGAUAUGAUGAAGAUUGCCCCAUUUUUGUCGCAUUAUUUUGCUAAUGCUUACAGCUUGGAGUGUUGGGGAGGCGCAACUUUCGACGUGGCUCUUCGAUUUUUGUACGAGUGUCCCUGGGAUCGACUUGUCAAGCUCCGUGAGCAAAUUCCCAACAUUCCAUUUCAGAUGCUGCUCCGUGGCGCCAAUGCAGUGGGAUACACCAGUUACCCUGACAACGUUGUCUACAAGUUCUGUAAAAAGGCCAACGAGUGUGGCAUGGAUAUCUUUAGGGUUUUUGAUUCCCUCAACUACCUACCAAACUUACAGCUUGGUAUAGAGGCAGCAGGAGCAGCAGGAGGUAUCGUAGAGGCUGCCAUCUCGUACACUGGUGAUGUAACCGACCCUUCCCGACACAAGUACAACAUUGACUACUACAUGGAGCUCGCUUCUCAGCUUUCCAAGUCUGGAGCUCAUAUUCUUUGCAUCAAGGAUAUGGCAGGGGUGCUAAAACCAAGAGCGGCUACACUUCUAAUCAGUUCACUUCGUGCCCAGUUCCCUAAACUUCCCAUCCACGUCCAUACCCAUGAUACAGCAGGAGCCGGGGUAGCUUCCAUGCUGGCCGCGGCGGAGGCUGGUGCCGAUGUUGUCGAUGUUGCCGUUGAUUCGAUGUCUGGUAUGACGUCACAGCCUAGUAUGGGUGCUAUUGUGGCUGCUCUAGAGACGAGUGAACACAAUACAGGUAUUCCACUGGAGAAAGUCCACGAAUACAGCGCGUACUGGGAACAAGCAAGGCUGCUUUAUGCUCCAUUUGAGAGCACGGUGACCAUGAAGACUGGCAAUGCUGAUGUGUAUCAGAAUGAAAUCCCUGGUGGCCAGUACACGAACCUUCACUUCCAGGCCUACAGUCUUGGCCUGGCUGACAAAUUCCCCGACAUCAAGAAAAAAUAUAGCAUUGCAAAUAAGCUUCUUGGAGAUGUAAUCAAGGUCACUCCUACAUCCAAGGUCGUCGGAGACUUGGCCCAGUUUAUGGUACAGAACAAUCUUGACGAACGCGAUGUGCUGAGUAAAGCCGGAGAGUUGGAUUUCCCUUCAUCUGUUGUUGAAUUCAUGCAGGGUCAACUUGGUCAGCCCCAUGGUGGAUUCCCUGAACCUCUCAGGACUCAAAUUCUCAAAGGCAAGCCCACGGUAGAUGGCAGACCAGGAGAGUCUCUUGCCCCUCUGGACUUUGAAGCACUUGAAGAAAAACUGAAAGCCGAGUUCGGUGACGAAGCUAUUCAUGAGGAAGAUGUCCUUAGCGCUGCUUUGUAUCCUAAAGUAUUCCACGAUUACAUGAUACACAAGAACGAGUAUGGACCUGUUCAGGAUCUUCCUACUAGACUCUUCUUAACUGGUCCUGAGAUUGGUGAAGAGUUCCACGUAGAAAUCGAGAAAGGAAAAGUGUUGAACAUCAAGAUUCUUGCCGUUAGUGACCUCCUUCCUAACGGAACGAGAGAAGUGUUCUGUGAGAUGAAUGGACAGCUUCGAACUGUUUUUGUCCCGGACAAAAGUGCAACCAAGACCCUAAGUCUUCGACCAAAAGCCGACAAAUCCAUCAAAGGAUCAAUUGGCGCUCCAAUGCCAGGCAAGGUUGUCGGUAUACGAGUGAAGGAGAAAGAGGUAGUCAAGAAAGGCAUGCCAUUGGUUGUGCUUAGCGCCAUGAAAAUGGAGACAAAUGUCAGUUCUCCAUGCGAUGGUGUUGUGAAGAAAAUAUCGGUGUCGUUAAACUCUGGUGUCGAGGCGGGAGAUCUAUUAAUCGAGAUCGAAGCAGCAGAGUGAUAUCACAAGUUGGACUAGUAAUUUGUUAAAUUCUAGGAAAAAAUUAGGAUUACAGGAUUGAACUUACUAGGAUCGAUGAAAAAGACCUUUAUAAUGGAAUAUUUAUAAUGUCCAGUGAUGAAGACCCUAAAGAGAUCAUUCAGAUAUAGAAAAUUAACGUAUUUAUAGUUAAAAUAAGUUUUUAGGAAUAGAAUAGUAUUUUUGUGAUAAUGAAGUCGAUUUUGUGGAACUUUAUGAAGUACGUUUGUGAUCCUUUGACUUCGUCUAUCUUGGAUUUUUUUCUUUUAUUUUUUUCGUCUGUGUUGGGGAUCGCAAUACAAUGAUUAUUCGAAUACUAAGGUUAAUGUCAAAUGUAUAUUUUUUGGUUCUAAAUAAAUUUAUUGAACUUUUGUUCAUACUGAAUGCU